UCAGCUUAACUUGUAUAGCAGACGUUUUGUUUAUGUAAUGUCUUGACACGAAGGAGGAGGAGGAGUCAGAUAUGCCCCAACGAAUAAUACAUCAUUUCAGGGAGGUAGAAAAGUGAUGCAUUUGUUUAGAAGAUGAAUGCAGUGAUGAUUUCGUCAGGAGUGACUGUGCAGAGCCUGGACGGCAACGCGAGUGCAGGAUAUUAUACACAAAUAAGCACUGAGAUUGUAUGGGAAGAAAAAAGUGUCACUCAAUCGCUAGUGACAAAUGAUGAGUGGAAUGUAACAUCCCCAUCCGUAUCAAAUGACACAGCAGUUGAGUUCAACGUGUCCCACAUGGUCCUGACAAGUUCAGCUCUUCUUCUUAUCAAUUUGGCUGUUAUCAUUGGAAAUAUUCUGGUAUUGUUGGCUGUUUACUUUGAACGAGCUCUGCGAACAGUUACCAACUACUUCAUCGUCAACUUGGCAAUAGCCGAUUUGCUUCUUGGUACUCUUGUACUACCCUUUUCAAGUGCCUUUGAAGUCAUUCACUAUUGGCCAUUCGGAGACGUUUUUUGUGACAUCUGGGCCGCGGUAGAUGUUUUGUGUUGCACGGCCUCAAUUAACAGCUUAUGUUGCAUAAGUGUCGACCGUUAUAUAGGAGUUACGCGGCCCCUAAAGCACAGACUUAUAAUGACGCCAAAAAGAGCAAUAGCGAUCAAUAUUUUCGUUUGGUUUAUUUCAUUUGGUAUUGCAGUUGGACCCUUGUUCGGAUGGAGACCCGUCAAAACAUCUCAGUUAGAGUGUCCAUUGUCGGACUCCGUAGGUUAUGUUUUCUUUUCCGUGGCUGGAUCAUUUUACAUACCUUCUGCCGUCAUAAUAGUUCUGUAUUUUCGUAUUUAUCGUGCAGUUUCACACGAAACUAAAUCUAUUCAAAACAAGGCCCGCAAAAGACAGAAUGGAGAUCUUGAUAAUGGUCGUAUUAUACUUCGCAUCCAUGUGGGGAAUAAUUUGCAAUCUUCAGGAAAAUGUAGUAUACGGUCACAUGAUUAUUCUUCCAGUACUUCGAGGUCACGGAAUUUAUCUCAAAGAACGGCAACUUUCAACCGAGAAAAGAAGGUAGCCAAGACACUCGGGAUUGUGGUUAGUGUCUUCAUCAUCUGCUGGUUACCAUUCUUCUUCUUGCUACCGUUAACUUCCGUGUGUAGCAGUUGUAAGGUUCCUCAAGUCGUCUUUACCUUCUUCUUUUGGCUAGGAUAUUGUAACAGCUGUGUUAAUCCCGUCAUUUAUGCAAUGUCCAAUUUGACAUUUCGAAGAGCCUUUAGGAAAAUCCUAACAUGUUGGUUUUGUAGAGACCAUCAUCCGCUUAUACGAAGGUCUUAUGGCUCAAGACGUUGCUCCAACUUGUCUCGUCUUACCUCCAGUACCCCCAUGUCCAGUCCGCUGGUGACAAACCGUCGGAAGAGAUUGAUUCGAGACACGUCACUUGAUACGUCACUGCUUCCACGUGGAUAUCGACCAAGGAGAAUACCUGCUCCAUGCGAUAAUGUAAAUAACCAUGAGAUGGAUUCCUGUAGAGGUGGUACCGUACACGACAUUAUGGCCACAACACCUGCCAUUGCUAAUUCAAGUGAUGUUCCAAAGAUGGCAAGCGACAUAGUGUCAACCACUGGCAGUGAAUCAACGAUAGGAAACAACAUUCGAAUAACCGAUAACACAAUCAAACCAGAUGACAAACUGCUUCUUCAUCAAAUACAUUCCGAGAAAGUCGACAUGGAAACCAUCAUUUCAAGCAAUAAUGUAUUUAACGAUGUAUACGGGCCACUAGAAAACAACAUUCCAUUCGAGCCAGACAAACCCAAAAGCCAAAUUAAACAACAAUCAGAUCCUAUAGAUUAUCAACCAGGAAUCGUUGGUAAAAGCGAAGCAUUUACAUCGAACAGUUUGAUAAAUAAUACAUUGUCUCGUGGAAUACUGAAUUCUAGAGAGACUCCAGUCUGAAUGUUGUGUAUACCAUUACAAGUCAUAUCGAUCAUAGUAGGCUACUCUGCUAUAUUAUUAUUCGGCGCCCUUAAAGAGACUGGUAAAAACAAUUGAACAGGUAAAAACAGAAACAUUGGAGGCAUUUGGAGAUGAAGAAGUUGAACAUUUUGUGGGGACAAGCGUUUCGUGGAACGAAAUGUUAUUUCGUUAUACCUCGAGAAAAUUUAAUCGGUAGGCCUAACUAAACGUAACGGAGCGCAUGAUGUGCUACUUGACGUUUCUGGGUUUAUGAAAACUAUACCUGUCAGAGUUCUCACAACUACAUGUAUAUCACAAUUACAUGGUUUACAGAACAUUUAACUAAAAAUACUUGAAUUGAAUUGAAUCAAGUUGCAUUUCACUGUAUUUCCCGUCAGGUCCAAACAGAAAACAGGUCCAAACAGAAAACAGGUCCAAACAAACUACACUCAUAAACUGACUGAUAUACGGCAUAACUCGGAAAGAUACUCUACAUUUAAUUGACUAACCGAGGGCUCUGUAACCAUACAAUUAUUUCCUGAGAACUUUCAUUUCAAGAGACGACAUA